AUGGCUCAAUCACUCUCUCCAAAAACGAGAGGAUCUGUACCGCUUACCCUAGCGCCCCCAAGUCUACAUGCAAACUCGAUCUUCUGCUUCACUGAUGCCGCGUGGAGAGCCGAUCAAAAAGCUGUAGGUUUGGCAUGGAUCUUCCUUAACCAAGACUCCACGGAGAUCUCCAGAGAAUCCUCCUUUCAAACAGCGGUUUCUUCACCACUUAUGGCAGAGGCUCUGGCGAUUAGAAGAGCUCUCCUCCACGCUUCAGCUUCUGGUCUCAACCUGAUCUGGCUUCGCUCAGAUUCCCAAGGGCUUAUCAAAGCCAUCAACUCGAAUCUCCGAUCGAUAGAGCUCUACGGCGUUUUAUCGGAUGUAGAUUCGAUCAUCUCUUCAGCUUCUCUUUCUGUCUCGUUUUCUUUCAUUCCCCGUGACUGUAAUGGGGUUGCAGACUCUCUAACCAAGAGUUGUUUGUUUCUGAACCUUUCAAGUUAA